CUGUCUUCGAACUCCUCGUUCUUCUUCCCUCAAUUUUCCCGCCUAAAAGAUGCCUCCGCGUGAAGAUGACGCCGUGGACUCCUCCGCACGCUUCCUCCUCCGCCGCCACGUCAGCGACCUCCGGUCGAUCCUCCUCUCCCCCGAUCCCGUCCUCCACUACUCUCUCAUCGUCGAUUUUGCUGAAUUAUUAGAAUCCGAUCCUCCCCUCGCCCACGAUCUCUUCUCUCGCCCCUCCCAUCUCCUCCCGAAGUUCGACCAAGCCGCUCGAAUCUCUCAGGGCGUGGUUCUUGAUGGAUCGAAGGAUUUGGAGAAGAGCGCGGUCGUGAAGGAGUUUGUCCAUGUGAGGAUCAAUGUCAGUGGGUCCCCUUUGGAAUGUCCUGAGACGUUUCCUAGCAUUGGGAAGGUGAGGGUGAGGCAUAGGGGGGUUCUUCUUACUCUUAAGGGCACAGUCAUUAGAUCGGGAACUGUUAAGAUGAUUGAAGGGGAACGAGAGUAUCAGUGCAGCAGGUGUAAAUAUAGAUUUAAAGUUCAUCCAGAGCUAGAAACUGGAAAUUCUAUAAGACUUCCAAACACCUGCCCUUCUCAGGGGUCUAAAUUUUGUGAGGGAAUGAAAUUCCAAUCUGUACCAGACAGCAUAGUAUGCCACGAUUAUCAAGAGAUCAAAAUCCAAGAGAGUACACAGGUUUUGGGAGUGGGAUCAAUUCCUCGCUCAAUUCCUGUUAUUUUAAUGGAUGAUCUUGUUGACAUUGUUAAAGCUGGAGACGACGUAAUAGUUACGGGAGUUUUGUCAGCGAAAUGGUCAUCAGAUUUAAAGGAUGUGCGCUGUGACCUUGAUCCUAUGUUAAUUGCUAAUCAUGUAAGGAGAACCAAUGAAAUAAAGUCAGAAAUUGAUAUCCCUCAUGAUGUUAUCAAGAAAUUUGAGCAGUUUUGGUCAGAUUUCAAGGACACUCCACUAAAAGGUAGGAACUGUAUUCUGCAAGGAAUCUGCCCUCAACUUUUUGGUCUCUUCACAGUGAAGCUUGCAGUUGCAUUGACGCUAAUUGGAGGUGUCCAACAUAUUGAUGCUUCUGGGACAAAGGUUCGUGGAGAAUCUCAUCUUCUUCUUGUUGGUGAUCCAGGCACUGGCAAGUCCCAGUUUUUGAAGUUUGCUGCUAAAUUAAGCAACCGGUCAGUGAUUACUACUGGGUUGGGGAGCACCAGUGCUGGCUUAACUGUAACUGCUGUCAAGGAUGGAGGGGAGUGGAUGCUUGAGGCCGGAGCUCUAGUUUUGGCUGAUGGAGGACUUUGUUGCAUAGAUGAAUUUGACAGUAUGAGAGAGCAUGACAGGGCAACCAUACACGAAGCGAUGGAGCAGCAAACCAUAAGUGUUGCUAAGGCUGGCCUUGUCACUACUUUGAGUACUCGGACAAUUGUGUUUGGUGCAACUAACCCGAAGGGACAAUAUGAUCCUAGUCAAUCUUUAUCCGUCAACACGACACUAUCUGGCCCGUUGCUGAGCAGAUUUGAUAUAGUUCUUGUACUCCUUGAUACAAAGAAUCCUGAGUGGGAUGCCAUUGUCUCAUCUCAUAUUCUAGCUCAGACAGGAGAACCAAAAGGUGGCAAAGAUGGCAAUGGCAUGGAAAAUGUCUGGUCACUACCCACAUUGAGGAGGUAUAUCCACUAUGUCAAAAAGCAGUUCAGACCAGUUUUAACCAAUGAGUCAGAAAGAAUAAUUUCAAAUUAUUAUCAACUUCAACGAAGAUCAGCAACACAAAAUGCAGCUCGGACUACAGUUCGCAUGCUUGAAAGCUUGAUACGUUUGGCCCAAGCACAUGCAAGACUCAUGUUCAGAAACGAGGUCACUAGACUUGAUGCAAUUGCUGCCAUCUUAUGCAUUGAAUCAUCAAUGACAACAUCUGCCAUUGUUGACAGCAUCGGGAAUGCAUUACACUCCAACUUCACAGAUAAUCCAGACCAUGAAUAUGCCAAGCAAGAAGAUAUGAUCCUUGAGAAGCUCAGAGCAAUUAGUGAAUUAUCAUGAUACUCAAAGAGUAUGGAGAAGCCUUGCAUUAGUCACUUUCACAUCUUAAUCCAUUGGACUAUAGUACGCACUACAACUUGUUCCUAUAGAAGAGGUCUUCUUGUCCCCAAAAUUGCCUCUUCUAUAGUUUGUGCAGAAUCUUUGGUCCCCCCAAUGCUUCUGUCUCUGUUGGCCUCGGCGUUUUCCUCCUUGGACUUUGCAUCUGAGGUGGAAGUUGGGUCCUCAAUGGGCCUGAAAGCAAUGGGCCUAUAUAGGAUUGUGUUUGGUUGGGCCCACAGUGUAUUAUGACUUUAUGAGAGUGAGUCCAGAGAGGGCGUGGAAAAGCUCCGGCCCCUGUUUGCUGCUUUUUGGGAUUGGAUGGUGAUCUGUAGAUGCUGCUUCCUCUUUGUGGGCUCCCAAGUGAUAUUGGUUAGGCCCACUUCCCCUUCUCCCUCUUUAGAUCUAGUUCCUUAUUAAAGUUGACGUGCACUUGCUACAUUUUGUACUCUAUUGUUGUCACUGUCAUUUUAUUCUAGAAUCUAAACCUUGUUUCACUAGAUGAGGGUACAUUAACCAGGAUUAGUGUUAUUAAUGAUUUGAUAUCACUAAAUACUAGUACUUGUAUAUUGAGUAGGGUUUUUCCUAUCAGUAUUGAGUAGGUAUAUUUUGUUUUUAGGGUAAUUAAUAGAUGAAACAGUGGUUA